GCCUAAAGUGUACUUAUUUUUCAGCAAAAAUGUCAGCCCAUCUGCAGUGGAUGAUUGUUAAAGACCAGUCCAGCUUCUUGGUUAAGAAGCGUAAUAUCAAGAAGUGGUUCAGCAUUGACCCACUCAACCCGAAAGGUCUUCACUCGAGGAAGUUCAGUGGCACAACUUCGGUACGUGCCCUCACAGUUGAACCGCAUCCCAGCAACAAGGGAGUUCAGCUGGUUGCAAAGAGGAGGAAAGGUGGAAAGAAGGUAGCCAAGCAGCUGUGUCGUGUACCCUUGACGAAAGGAGCCCGUCGUACCAUGGUUUCAAUCACUAACUGGGUCAAGGGCUCAGGGGGAUACAGGAGGGACCUAAGGAAGGUCUGCAUGAGACGUGCCUGCGCUAUCCUCAAGAGCCAGAGGGCGAUUGUACCCAAGAGGAAGGUAGUACGUGGCACCAAGAAGGCGGACUGAAUGUUUGUAAUGGAACAUUAAAUUCUGUUAUGAAGCUAA